AGUUGCAAGCUACUCAACAGAACUCACACCUCUCUUUCUUUUUUGAAUAUGGAGUUGUUCAUUGCAAUCUACAUUGUUUUUCUCUUUUAUGUUUUCAUUCGACUUUGCAAAAGAUUCUUGGGGCAGAAAAAUAAUUGCUGCUACAUGCUAAAUUAUGAAUGCUAUAAGGCCACCAAUGACAGAAAGGUAGACACUGAAUCCUCUUGUAGAAUCGUUUUGAGAAACAAGAAUCUUGGUUGGGAUGAAUACAAGUUUCUUUUAAAAACCAUGGUCAGUUCAGGUAUUGGUGAAGAAACUUAUUGUCCCAAAAAUGUCAUUAUGGGUAGAGAGGAGAAUCCCAGUUUGAUCGAUUCCCUUGAGGAAAUGGAUGAUGUCUUUUUCGAUACACUUGACAAUCUAUUUGCUAAAUCAGGGAUUUCUCCACAAGAAAUUGACAUUCUUGUGGUGAAUGUCUCGUUACUUUCUCCAGUUCCUUCUUUAACAGCUCGAAUCAUAAACCGGUACAAAAUGAAGUCUGACAUUAAGGCUUUUAAUCUGUCCGGAAUGGGGUGCAGCGCUAGCCUUAUUGCCAUUGAUCUUGUUCGUCAACAGUUUAAGAUUCACAAGAAAGCAUUUGCCAUUGUUGUUAGUACUGAAUCCUUUGGUGCGAACUGGUACUGUGGCAAAGACAAGUCAAUGAUGCUGUCCAAUUGCCUAUUUCGAUCCGGUGGUUGUUCAAUGCUUUUCACAAACAACCCCGAUUUUAAACAUCGAGCCCUCUUCAAGUUAACGUCUUUGGUACGUACUCAUUUUGGCUCGAAUGAUGAGGCAUAUGAGUGUUGCAUCCAAGUCGAAGACGACCAAGGCUACCCGGGUUUUCGUCUAACCAAGAAACUCACCAAGGCUGCUGCUCAAGCUUUCAUCAUAAACCUAAGAGUUCUAUUACCAAAAAUUCUACCUCUAUGGGAAUUAAUCCAGUAUGCCGUGGUAUAUCACCGAUGGAGUAAAGAAAAUAGCCCAAUUCUUGAAGGAGUUGGCGAAGGUUUGAAUCUGAAGUCAGGUGUAGAUCACUUCUGUAUACACCCUGGUGGUAGGGCAGUCAUUGAUGGAGUUGGCAAGAGUCUAGGUCUUACCGAAUACGAUCUCGAACCAGCUCGAAUGACACUUCACCGCUUCGGCAACACGUCAGCCGGUGGCCUUUGGUAUGUUUUAGGCUACAUGGAGGCCAAAAAGAGACUCAAGAAGGGUGAUAGAGUUUUCAUGAUAAGUUUUGGUGCUGGAUUUAAGUGCAACAAUUGUGUGUGGCAGGUUAUGAGGGACUUGGAGGAUGCUAAUGUGUGGAAAGACUGCAUGGACAAAUACCCACCAAAAACCCUAACCAAUCCUUUCACAGAGAAGUAUGGGUGGAUCAAUGAUGAACGCUUGAGCUUUCUUAGAAUUGAAGAUAUUGAUUUUUCUUGAUUCUCAGUCGAGAUCCUGGAGUUAAAGAUAUGUUGUCCGCGCACUAAAUUUUUGACACACCGAAAUAUCAGCUCGGGAGAUGCCAACAGAAUACAUUUCAAAUAAGUCGUAUGACAUCUUCACAUUUGCUAUUAGAAGCUCGAUAUUUCGAGGUGUCAAAAAUAUAGUGGGCAAGAGUAAUGGGACAAUAUACUUCAACUCGAGAUUCUCAGUUAGCUUAAUAAAUUUCUUGUGUUGUAUUAUGGAAUCAAUCUUCACAUAGAUUCAUUCUAAACAUAAAUGUAUAAAAUUAUGUGUGUCACGUUGUUUUAAAUACAUGUGAAGCGUUAUUAAGAAGAAUAUAUAUUGUUGUGUUUGAGUUAA